GCGGCGCUUGCAGCUCCUUGGAGACGCCAGGGGUGUGAGCGGGUGGCGAGCGCCGAGGAGGAGGAGAAGCCCUCGCGUGGGGAGCCGGCCGAGACAAAGAUCACCGCAGCCUCCUGCUGGCGGGUCACACCCCUGCGCGAUUUUUCAAGUCACAUUCAGUUGAUAGGAUGAAAAAAUUUAAGAGAAGGCUAUCCCUCACUCUUCGGGGAAGCCAAACUAUUGAUGAAUCAUUGUCUGAAUUGGCGGAACAAAUGACUAUUGAAGAAAAUAGCAGCAAGGAUAAUGAGCCUAUUGUGAAGAAUGGCAGACCUCCAACCUCUCACAGUAUGCAUUCCUUCCUCCAUCAGUACACAGGGUCCUUCAAGAAGCCCCCAUUGAGGAGACCACAUAGCGUUAUUGGAGGAAGCCUUGGAUCCUUCAUGGCAAUGCCCAGAAAUGGAAGCAGAUUAGAUAUUGUUCAUGAAAAUCUAAAAAUGGGAUCAGAUGGUGAGAGUGACCAAGCUUCUGGGACAUCAUCUGAUGAAGUACAGUCACCUACAGGCGUUUGUCUUAGAAAUCGUAUACAUAGACGGAUCUCAAUGGAGGAUUUAAAUAAGCGGUUAUCACUGCCUGCAGAUAUCAGAAUACCUGAUGGAUAUCUUGAAAAAUUGCAGAUAAACAGUCCACCAUUUGAUCAACCAAUGAGCCGAAGGUCUCGUAGAGCUUCUUUAUCAGAAAUUGGGUUUGGAAAAAUGGAAACCUAUAUCAAAUUGGAAAAGCUUGGAGAGGGUACAUAUGCGACAGUAUAUAAAGGAAGAAGUAAAUUGACAGAGAAUUUGGUGGCAUUAAAAGAGAUCCGGUUGGAACAUGAAGAAGGUGCACCCUGUACAGCUAUAAGAGAAGUUUCACUAUUAAAGGAUCUAAAACAUGCAAAUAUAGUAACCUUACAUGAUAUUGUUCAUACAGAUAAAUCUUUGACUCUGGUUUUUGAGUAUCUGGAUAAAGACCUAAAACAGUACAUGGAUGACUGUGGAAACAUCAUGAGUAUGCACAAUGUAAAGCUGUUUCUGUACCAAAUUCUCCGUGGUUUGGCGUAUUGCCACAGAAGAAAGGUGUUGCACCGAGACUUGAAACCACAGAACCUACUCAUUAAUGAAAAAGGAGAAUUAAAGCUAGCCGAUUUUGGGCUAGCCAGAGCCAAGUCAGUUCCCACGAAGACCUACUCCAAUGAAGUCGUCACACUGUGGUACCGGCCACCUGAUGUGCUUCUCGGUUCUUCAGAGUACUCGACACAGAUUGACAUGUGGGGUGUUGGUUGCAUUUUCUUUGAAAUGGCUUCUGGAAGACCUCUGUUUCCAGGAUCAACUGUGGAAGAUGAAUUGCACUUGAUUUUCCGACUGCUAGGAACACCAUCUCAGGAAACUUGGCCAGGUGUUUCUUCAAAUGAUGAGUUCAAGAACUACAACUUUCCAAAAUACAAACCACAGCCUCUCAUUAACCAUGCACCCAGGUUAGACUCUGAGGGAAUUGAGUUAAUAACAAAGUUUCUUCAGUACGAAUCUAAGAAAAGGGUUUCAGCAGAAGAGGCCAUGAAACAUGUAUACUUUCGAAGUUUGGGACCAAGAAUACAUACUUUACCUGAAAGUGUAUCAAUAUUCAGUUUGAAAGAGAUUCAGUUGCAAAAGGACCCGGGUUUUCGAAACUCUUCUUAUCCAGAGACAGGACAUGGGAAGAACAGAAGACAGAGCAUGCUCUUUUAAGUCUGAUAAAAUGGUUUCAAGCCCAGCCCCCAGCCUUUCUUAUCAAUCAAGGACUCAGAUCUGAAGGCAAUUAUUUCUUUUGGUGGACUUGGAAUCUCCGUUUGUCUACACUGUCCUCUUCACAGUGGAGUCUUUUUAUUUCAGACCUACAGAUUGUUUUUAUAUUUGUUGUCACAGUGUGACAAUUUUUUUGUACAGUUGGUUUUAAGGUCUUCUCUGCCAUUAGAGCCAGUAGGUUACAGCUGUUGAUGUAACUGUAGCUGCAAUUUUUGUGCAGGACUGAGAAACACAGUGCAUUAUUUAUUGCGGAAUCAUUGCUGCUAAAUAACUACUGUCUGUUUAUUUAACACAACAGUUAAAUGCCUGAAGAAGUUGCAGUGGCUUUAUUAGAUGUGAAUGCAUCUGUUUCUCCUCACGAAUUGUUUUACUGCUGCAUUUCUUGUUUGUUUUAAAAAUUAAACUGCAGUGUUUCCUGGAAUGUAAAUUUAGCUUUGCUUAACAGUAAAAUAAGUGAGCCAUCUUGAACACUCUAAGUUCAUGCUAUAUAAUUUUUUAUUGAACAUCUGCAAGUAGAGUAGCUAAGAAAUUGAUGAGCACAUAUGUUUAGGAAAGCAUGUGAUGCAGAAGUUGAUUCAAGCAAGUGAACACCUGAUAUAGGGAUCUCACAUUAGAUACCAGUAAAUUAAAGCACCAAAAUUAUUUAUUUUUACCUUUCCUCAUUUUAGAAAUAUUUACUGCAUAUUAUUGGAUAUGUGUAUACUAAUACACUUACCUAUUUUACAAUGUGCUUUAAUUUAGUUAAAACUAAACCAUACAAGUCCAGUGAAAUAUGUGAGGUCUUGUUUUUGUCUUAAAUACGAUUCUUUUAUUAGAAGGGAUAAUACUUCUUUGGGGAGUGAUUUAUUUCAUUUGGGGAGCUGCGUGUGUAUAUGUAUGUUUUAAUAACAUUCACUUGGAAUCAGCUAAAAGCUGUAAUAUGUCUUUGAAAUGAGCCAUGAUAAAUACAAAUGAGAGAAACAAGAACUUAGAGGAUUGUUUUAAAGCAUUGUAGGUAUUAAUGUGUUUAUCAGAGGUAGUAAAUAUUACAGUUUCAAUUAUGCAUCUCUUUGAACAUCAUAAACACACCUUGGUGUUGGUAAGUGUUUUAAGCAUUUGUGUUAACUUUUAGGGACUAUUCAUUUAGUGCAUCUUACAAACUACAAAUCUUAAUUGGUAUAUUUUGAAAUGGUCAUGUAAAUUUUUGGCUUAUAUAUCAUGAAAAUAAUCAUAACUUAAUUUUUUUUUCCUGAUAUUCACUGUAAAACAUUCAGGGGUCCUACCAUUUCUGUUCAGGAAAUCUUGUAGUUUAUUGUUAUUUAACAGUAUUAAGUGAAUUUUUGUAUAUUUCAUUUUAACUUUAUUUGUGAAUAGUGAUUGUGGCAUGUUUGGGUGUUAUUUUAAUAUUUCAUGAUACAGAAAUUUUAAUUUUUAAAAAAAAUUUUCUGGAAGAAACAGAUUCAUGUGUAAUGGUGAAUAUUGGACCACUACUGCUUUUCACAUUUGUAAAUUGGUUUUAUGUUAAAUCCUGUAGCCUAACAAACUGCUGUUAUUUCUAACUGACAGACCUGUAUUAAUAUUGUACUUUGAAGGUUAUAAAUAUUAUGUGGAAAUUCCUCCGUUUUGUUUUGAAAUUUAUAAUAACAAGAUCUUCAUGUUGUUAAAA